GCAAUACUGCCUUUGCAAACACACGAGGGAGUGUGUUGCGAAUUCCGGCCGUGGGGCGGCUCCGGUCCCUCCCACGGUCAUUGCGGCUGGGAAACGGGGGCUGCUGGGGACGGUCCUGCGCCGGGGCUGCCCUUGGCCGCCUUGCACGCGAGUUGGCCCGGAGCCGGGCAUUCCCUGGAGAACUCUGCCCCCCUCGCCGCCUUUGCAAGCCCCUCCAUGGCUGAAGAGAAGCCCUCGACGGUGGUGACCUGCACCGCCCCGGUCAACAUCGCGGUGGUCAAAUACUGGGGAAAACGCGACGAAGAGUUGAUCUUGCCGAUUAAUUCCUCCCUCAGCGUCACCCUGCACCAGGAUCAGCUGAAAACCACCACGACGGCGGCCAUCAGCCGGGACUUCAAAGAAGACCGCCUCUGGCUCAACGGGAAGGAAGAUGACAUUGGGCACCCCCGUCUCCAAUCCUGCCUGCGGGAGAUUCGCCGUCUGGCUAGGAAGCGGCGUGGUGGCAACGGCGACAGCGGCAGUGGAGACCAUCCUCCCCUAAGUCUCGCCUACAAGGUCCACAUUGCCUCGGAGAACAACUUCCCCACAGCAGCUGGGCUGGCCUCCUCUGCGGCUGGAUACGCCUGUUUGGUCUAUACCCUUGCCAAGUUGUAUGGUGUGGAGGGGGAGCUCUCUGAAGUGGCUCGCCAAGGCUCCGGAAGUGCCUGCCGGAGUAUGUUUGGAGGCUUUGUGCAGUGGAUCGUGGGAGAAUCGGCGGACGGCAAGGACAGUGUUGCUCUACAGGUGGCGCCAGAGACACACUGGCCUGAGCUGAGAGUUCUAAUCCUGGUGGUGAGUGCGGAAAAGAAGCCGGUGGGGAGCACCGCUGGAAUGCAGACCAGUGUGAAGACCAGUCUGUUGUUGAAGCACCGCGCAGAGGCUGUGGUUCCGGAGCGCAUGGAACAAAUGAUCCAGCACAUCCAGGAACGAGACUUUGAGGCCUUUGCGGAGCUCACUAUGAAGGACAGCAACCAGUUCCAUGCCACCUGCAUGGAUACCUUUCCGCCCAUUUUCUACCUCAAUGACGUCUCCAAGCAAGUGAUCGCCUUGGUUCACCGCUUCAAUGCGCACUACGGCAAAGCCAAGGUGGCUUAUACCUUUGAUGCUGGUCCAAACGCGGUUCUCUUUGCUCUGGAAGACACUGUAGAUGACCUCGUGGAGGUGGUCAAGCGCAGCUUUCCUCCAGAAAACAAUGGAGGCCAGUUCCUGAAGGGCCUGCCAGUGCACAAAGCGUCUCUGUCUGACGAACUUCUCACAGCCGUGGUGAGAGAUCCGGUGCCAGGAGCGAUCCGGUAUUUGCUGCUCACCAAGCCUGGGCCGGGGCCCAUGAUGGUGGAAGAUGCCAGCAGCCAUCUCCUCGGAGCAGAUGGGCUCCCCCAAAGCAGCCCUUGAGCAAAUGGAGCGCCAUUCCUGGGAGUGCACCGAGCGCAUGGAUGGGGGCUUGGAAGACCUGCAGAGGACGCUGCCUUAAAAGAUGGGGGGGGUUGUGAAUAAGGGAGAGGAGAGGUUGCGGGGGGGGGGCGGGGGGAGUGUAUAUGUGGGGUUUCCCCAAGCUAUGCGGAAAAGCGAGUAUGUGGAUUUGCAUACGCUUCUCCCCUUGUUUUGUAUGCCUGAAAGGUGUUCGGCAGGGAGUCCAGCAAGCACAAGCUUCUCUUCUCUCUCUGCCCUCUUCUCGGCUUUUGAGGGCUUGGAUUUCCUUCCUCUAAGCAGCGAUGGGCUGACGGUCACUUGGGGUCUCCUGGUGGACCGCUGGCCAGCUUCCGCUGCUGUGCCAGCAAGGGGCUGGGAUUCUUGCAAUGAGCGCUGACCUGAGUGGGCCUUGCUCUGGCCAAGCACUUCUUGACUUGUUCAGUGAUCGAAAGUACAUAAACCUAAGCAGUGUUAAAGAGGUCUUGUGUACAUGCUCUGGCUUUGUACUCUCAAUGUGGGAGGCAAUGGAGGCACUUCAGUAAAAAACGGGAUGAUACAAA